AUGGUUCAACUAUCGCCUACGCUGGGGUGGUUGAAAGAAAACCUCGAGUUGAUGAAGCCUGGACUACGUGACAUGAUUGCGAUGGACACGUACCCCAUGAUCACUGACGGAUCGCUAGUUUCGAGGGGGUCCGCUGAGUUGGUGGCGGACUCGUUCGAGCGUACACUGAAGUGUCUGCAAUACAUCCACCCGCAGAUCCUGAUCCUGUGCCAGUGCUGCAGCAAAGCUGGGGAUGAGAAAUGGGGAUCGUUCAGCCAUCCUAAGGCGGAGGAGCUGUGCUCAUCUGAAGCCUGUGCGCGACAGGAACAGGUAAAAACGGUGGAUGUGUAUGGGCAUCAGAUGCUUGUGGUGCACGAGGUUCAUUUGCAGGAUGUGGUGCAGUACAACCAAGAGACGGAAGAAGUACUGAACACAAUAUUCACCAUGGUUCUGGGACCAUUUGGGCAGUGGAAAGACCGGCGGUUGACUGUACAGAGGGAGGCAGCCCGGAGAGAGUAUGUAAUGGUGAAGGAGGGGGUCCGCGAAGGUAUGAGAGGGUUGAUCAGGCAGAUGCAAUUGUUUGAACACAUCUGUGGGCAGGAGGCUAGAAACGGUGUAUUGUCGAAGGCGACGAAGAGGGUGGAGGAAUGGCGGAAGCAGAUGGAGAGCUGGGCGAAGGAGAUGGAUGCUGGGGGUAAUGAGAGCCUGAAGCCGCAAUCCUGA